AUGCUCGUGCUCGCCGUCCUCGCGACGCCCUCAACCGCUGCCUCUCGCCCCCGUCAGCGGCGCGGGGGGGCACUCAUCGACACGCGCAACCGCACCGACUUCAGCAUCAAGCUCGAGACCGACGCACCGUCGCUCGCCCUCGCGGCGUCUGCCUCGCGCAAACCCGACAAGGCCGCGGAGCUCCUGCUCCACCAAGACGCCGAGACUGGCGACGCUUCGCUCGCCGACUCCACCGCCAACUCCGUCGGUCUCACGUGCGGCGGCGGCGCCCCUGUGUGGUGCGCGGAGCCGCCGCAGCCGCUCACCGAGCUCUGCGUCUCCGAGGAUCCGAUGAAGGCCUCGGGCUCCACGAGCAACGAGACGGUCUGCACGACCGCCACGGCCCACUCCAAGGGCGAGGCCGACGAGACGGACACAAAGAAUGAGCCUGCCCCGGGCUUCAUGGGUGCCCUCAUGGGGUGCCUUGGCGUCUCUGUCGUGGCGCUGAGUUGGAGAGGCUCCACGGCCAGCAAGACCGGCCCCGACAAGGUCCAGAAGCGCUCGAGGCUCGCCAAGAAGAUCGAGGAUAUGGCAAUGGCUGGCAGCACUGGUGUUUGCCGCACUCAGAUCUUCUUCUACUUCUUCUGCUUUGUCGCAAUGGUCGGCCUGUGCGGCGUGACCUUCGAGGCCUUCGUCGUGAGGUACACUCGGGGGCGCGGCGCUGCUGGGAAGGCCCGGAGGCUUGUCGAGACGGGCCUCGCCGGCGCGGGAGCUUUGCGGCUGGGGCGGGGUGGCCGCGUCUGGCGGGCCCUCUCCGUCGCCUCCACCGCCCUCUCCCUGAGCUGCGAUUUCGAGGGUGACACUUGCAUCUGGAACGACACCGCGCCGGACGGGUACACUUGGACGCGCACGAGCGGCGGCACGCCGUCGCCAGGCACAGGCCCGAGCGGCGACCACACCACUGGCUCGGGCUCCUACAUCUUCACCGAGGCCUCUAGCAUCUACAACAAGCUGCACCAGCUCGAGAGCCCGCGCUUCUCGCUCCAGCAGGACGCCACCCUCUCCUUCUUCUACCACAUGUACGACUCCCACAGCUCGGACAUGGGCACCCUCUCCGUCGAGACCUACAACAACGAGACGGGCUGGUCGACGCUCUGGAGUAGGACUGGCGACCAGGGCACUAGCUGGCUCGACGCGGCGGUCAUCCUACCCGCCUCGACGACUCAGGUGCGCUUCAACGGUGAGACGGGGCCGAGCUGGAGCUCGGACAUGGCGCUGGACGACGUCUCCUUCUCGCAAAUUGCGCCUCCGUCGCCGCCGCCGCUGCCACCGGGUUUCCCUGGCGGCUACUUCAUCACCGGCCCGUGCUCGCUCACCGACGGCGGCUCGUGCGCCGCGUCGCCAAACUACCCGAACAGCUAUGGCAGGAACGAGGAGUGCACCAUCAGCGGCGUGCCCCCAUACGAGCUGGAGACGGUCGCCUUUGAUGUGGAGGCGGGCAACGGCUGCCCCUUCGACUAUCUCACCGUCAACGGCAAGAAGUACUGCGGCACCUCGGGGCCCCCGAGUGGCGCGGUGGCGGAGGACGGCGUGAUCGAGUGGCGAUCGGAUCGCAGCGUAGUCGGGCCGGGCUGGAAGGCGCGCCCCUGCGAGGACCAGCUCCGCUCCCUGAUCGAGGACGCUACUUCAGCUGCUGCCAACGUCUCCAUCUACCUGCCGCCCGGUGCAGAGUUCAAGCUGAGCAGCCAAAUCAGCUGCGGCUCCAACAUCAAAGUGACCGUCGCGAGCAGCGGCGAGGGCGCGACGCUCGACGGCAAGCGAGAGACCAGGCUCUUUUACCUCGAGGGCGGCUGCAGCCUCACCCUGCGGGGGCUGACCCUCGUCAACGGGAGGGCGGAGUACGGUGGCGUUGUGUUCGCUUUCGGCGCAGGCGACGUCGAGAUCAUCGAUUCGACGAUCACAAACUGCAGGGCUGACUGGUACGGCGACGGCGUCGGCGGCGUCGUCUACUCGUAUGACAGCGGUGCUGUCUCGAUAAUCAGCUCGACCGUCGCCGGCUGCUCGGCUGGCGCGGGCGGCGGCGUCGUCUACGCUUGGAACAGCGGUGCGGUCUCGAUAAUCGGCUCGGCCGUGUCGAGCUGCUCGGCUGGCAAU